AUGGACGGACAUCUCUGUGAUGUGACUCUAGUCGCGGAAGGGCUCCAUUUCCAAUGCCACCGGGUCGUUCUCGCCUCGGCCAGCGCCUACUUCCGCUCCAUGUUCACCUCCAACAUGAUUGAAAAAGACAAAGAGUACAUCGAGCUGAAAGACAUUUCGUCAGAUGGUUUCGACUCGAUCUUGAAGUUUAUCUACACGAAUUCCAUCGUCCUCUCUUCACGCAAUAUUCAGUACAUUCUUCAUGCCGCCACGAUGCUCCAAGUCGAACCAGUCAUCAAAUUCUGCUGCCAGUACUUAGAAGAAGAAAUCAGUAUUGGAAACUGCGUGGAAAUUAAAAAUUUGGCGCGCUUUUUUUCGCUCAAGGAAGUAGAGGACGCCGUUCAAAAUCACAUUCUGACAAAUUUCGCCAAGUUCGUGCACACUGAGGAGUUCUUGAGAUUACCCGUCGAGGAUCUGUGUGGCAUUCUUAGCUCCGACUCGUUGUGGGGCCAAUCGGAGCUUGAACUGUUUAAAGCUUCGGACAAGUGGCUGCAGCAUGAUCUGCCGAACAGGUCCCAGUACAUCCGACAGGUCAUGAACAAUAUCCGAUUCCCUCUUAUAGCUCCGGACGACCUGGACGAGAAGGUCGAAAACGUUGACUACAUGAAAGGAGAAUGCAUGGAGCUCCUGCUAGAAGCCUGCAAUUACCACAUGCUUCCAUGGAAACAGCCGAUCAUUACUUCUCCAAGAACUCGUGUCCGCGGUAGUGCGCCCUGCUUGCUAGCGCUCGGCGGAAAGGAAAGUACGAAUAUGGUUUCGAAAGAAAUCCAAGUUUACCACAAAGCGCUCGGCGACUGGGUAAAACUGAGUGAAAUGGAAUCGCCGGCGUAUUGCCACUGUCUUGUCGUCCUCAACGACUACUUGUUCGUCGUCGGCGGUCAGGAAAUAUUUGACAACAACGGAAACACGGCGACGAACUCGGUGUUUCGAUUCAACCCGAGAUUCGACAAGUGGGACAGAAUGGAGUCCAUGAGAGACACGAGGACGGACUUUCACGUCAGCGUUCUCAACGGAUGUCUCUACGCCAUCGGCGGCAGAAACAAUCGUGGACCGCUCUCCAGCGCGGAAAAAUACAGAGUUGAUAAGAACAAGUGGGAAUACGUGAGUAAAUUGCCUCAAGCUGUUUGCGCGCAUGCAGGAGCUUCCCUUGACGGCAAUUUAUACAUCUCGGGUGGAUUCGCCACGGACGGAUUCCAAAAAGGUGUCUUUUGCUACAAUCCAGACGAUGAUAAAUGGGAGCCAAGGCGGAAUCUGAAUAGCGAGCGGGGACUCCACUGCAUGGUCGGCUUCAAGGAGCAUUUGUAUGUAAUUGGAGGGAAUAACAAAACAGGCGGCUGCCGGAAAGACAUUCUGCUGACUGAAAUUUACAAUCUAAAAACGGACCAGUGGACUGAAGCGCGGCCCCUUUUCGAAGGGCAGUCCGAAGCAGGAGCAGCUGUUGUCGACGGGAAAAUCUACGUCAUCGGAGGACACAACUGGAAGGAGAGAAAAGAUGUUAGAACAGUUGCUUGUUAUGACCCGGAAACGAACGAGUGGGAGAAAGCAUCCGAGUUUCCCGAGGCGCUUACUUCCGUCGCUUGCUGUUCCCUUGUUUUGCCGAAUGCGACGGUGGCAAUGCUGACUCGAGAGAAAGAGAAAACUAAAUCGAUCGACCAGUUUGACCUGCUGAUGGAUACCGACUCCGUCGAAGACGUCAUCUCCUAG